CCGAAAGUUUGUACAGUAGGCUAUCAUGAUUUCACUUCUUUGGAAACACACUGACCACCGCUUAUAGCGAUUUUAGUGUUGCCAAAGCUGUGAUUCGAACAGUUAUUAGUAUUCGAGAUACCAGAAUAGUUAAAUAACAAUGAAUAUCAGGUGUACCUGAGGCUUGCGUCGUACAGUUUGGAGAGCAGUGAUCAGACAUGAAGUGUGAAUGUGGCCACAUCCCCAAGGAGCUUAAUCCCAGGUUUUGUAGCCAGUGUGGCAAACCUCUUGCCGCUCAGGAAAAUCAAGACAUAGCAGAUGCUGCUGAGAAAAUCACCCCGCAGAGUGACAAACCCUCAUCUCUGGACAGUCAGUCCAUACAUUUGUCACCUAAACGCCCCCUUGAGGAGACUAUCAACAGCCUCAAAAAGAAGAAGAAAGCCCGUAAACGCCGAAAGAAGAAAUCUGACAGGAAGGAUGGGCUGCAGUCCCUGACCUCUGACCUCUCUGACACCUCCCUGACUGAGCGUGAUGUGCGUCAGGAGCAUGGGAGCGGGGAUGCUGGCUCGGACAGUGAGAGCUCUGCCAGCGUCAUGGACGAGAUGUCUGACCCGGUGGCCAGUCCUGCCAACGCCGACCCGACGCUGUUGCUUGUCACUGAGAUGUCUGAUAUCUCGGAACCAUCUGAUACACAGACAGCUAAUGCCUCACCCGUUAAGUCUCCACCUGACAGAGAGAUGAGGGAUAUAAUCUCUGAUCAGGAUCCCCCUGAUAAUGACACUCAUGUGGUCCAAUCUAAGGAAGAAGUGCUGGAAAAGGAAAAAACUGACCAGAGUUUGGAAGGGGAGGCUAGCCCUUCUUCAGAAGAGAUGAAACCAUCACACCCUGUUCAGACAGAUGACCUUGUAUCUACUGAAGAUCCUAAUGCCCAACCCAUUUCUGGACAGGCUGUGUCAGAGAGUCAGUCCAGAGCAACAGACCAGACUAAUAUUCAACAGGCCAAAAGCUCAGGAAAAAACAAGCAGGGCUCCAAGAAGAAGAAGGAAACAUCCAACGCGCCAAAACCUCCAGCCUCUGAGGACCACAAUGCCAACAUUGACAAGAAUGCAAAUGUAAAACAGACCCCUGUCCAGAAGACCAAAACGAAUCAACAAAUACAGGAUACAGGGAAGGUGUUUGGCCCCCAGAGCAGAUCACAGAGUAAGAGUGUAGGAACAAGCGUGGACCAACCUGUGGAUGUAAAGAUGGAGAAGAGUGAGGUCCAGCAAGCUUCUGCCCAAUCUCCAGGAGAUGCACCCUCAGAGCCCUCCCAGGAGAAAGACACCAGUGAAGACAGAGACACCUCAAAAGCUCAGAAAAGUGCACCACCACCAGAAAGAAUAACUACUCGCAGUCAACAAAUUGCAGCAUCAGACAAGCUGACCAUAUACUUCCAUGCUGUCCUGUCCAAGGACUUCAAACUAAUACCACAGGAGGAUCGCAUCUUCAUCCGAGCAGGCAGAAAAAUUGGAAACUGGGAAAACAACAUAGUUGAACUGACUGUGUGUCGUGAUCUGGAAGAGCAUGGAUAUCUAAUUGCUGGAGAACUGCAAACAAGUAAGACAAAAGCAGCAUCUGAGUCCAUUCCAUACAAGUAUGUGGUGUAUAGGAAGAAGAAGGGUACUUAUGAGUAUGAACACAUAUACAAACUGGAUGCACAGAAAAUGACCAACAGAUGCCUGUUUGUCAAACCACAUCUUCUUAAUGAGGAAGGUGAGUGGCAUCAAUAUGAUGACAUAAUCUGUGCCGAGCCAUCCAAAAACGUGCUCAAACGACUGACGCAAGCAAUCUGGCCAGAUCAGAGAAAGAGUCUGAUCGAGGGCAGGGAAAUUGCUGGUGCCGUUAUGUUAGAUACCAUCUUUGACCUUCUGAGUAGUUGGAGUGAAAUUAACCUCAAGAGUUUCAUGACUCAGCUUAGACAGUUCUACCAGAUCUACGGGAACCCCUUCAUUUAUGAAGAAAGACAAGAAAAAUGGUACUCCUUAAGAUAUGAUGAAGACGAUGUUAGUAAACUCCUGAAGGAGUUCAUGCUGAAGGAUGUGACUCCUGAGCUGAGAAAGGACGGAGGAGGGAAGAGAGCCUUCAUUGUAGAGCCUCUUAACGCAGCUGUCAUCAUGCUGUAUGUGUGGAAGAACUUCAAGCUUCCAUUAGACAAUGGAGAGCUCUCUCGUCUCUGUGUGGCCCUUUGCCUCCCAAACCUCCUCAAAGACCAGUUCCUGGCUUACUGGCAGAACUUCCAGCAGUCAUUCUCCUGCCUCAAAGGUUUGCCUGAUUUGCUGAUGACUUUAAUAACUACUGCUCGGACCAAGAAUAUGCAUCAUUGGGUUUUAGUGUUGCCCCUCUUCCAUCUGCAGCGUGGCAUGUCCAAACCCUUUGAAGCUGUUCCUCUUAUCAGCAACGCCAAAUAUGAGGCAUCCUGGACUGGUCUUCAAGGGUUAAAACUUGCCAAUGCAGUCUUUUCAAGCCAGGAAAGAAGCUUCAUACUGAACUUGAUGAAAAAAAACCCACAUCUGGCGAAAAUUGAUAAUCUCCUGGCACGGUCUGUCAUGUGCCUGUUGACUUUGGAGGACGUGAUUGAGUGCAGCACAGUACUCAGUGCUGAACUGAUCGACCUGCUGCAUGUCUUUCAUAUAAAAGCCCCCUCGGAAAUUGCCUACAACAACUCCACAAUUAUAUCUGAUACUCUGACUCACAUUCAGAGUAAACUAAUUGAACAUAAAUUCAGUUGUUUUAGUGAGGUUUAUGGGACUGAAUGUUUAGCCACUUCAGUGAAGGUGCUGGAAAAAGUUUGCAAAGGAAUGCGUUACACAUACAAUCAAAGCUUUGUUGAUAUCCCUGUUGCCUGCAUGAACCUUGUUGGAGCGGUUUCUGACUUCACCCUUUCACAGGAAUCAAAUAAGAGGGACACUCUGAGCACACGCAGCCUGGAGCUCCUGUCGGAUGCCAUGCAGGUGCUUCGCUCCUGGAUAAGCCAAACUUUCAAACAAAAACUGCUGCGCUCAUUUGUUUCCCUUACAUCAGCCACCCUAAGCUCUGAGAUUGAGAUUUGGAACAAUAUAAUCUCUCUUAGUUUUGAGGAUGAGGAGUUCACAACUACAUGGAGACGCAUGUUCACCAGAGAUUUUGAAGGCAAAUUUCGACAGGAGGACCCAUUAGAUCAGGUGGACGUCUACUGCUCCAAGAUGGAGAAGUUGACUGACUCUCACCCGCAUAUUGCCAAGAGCAUAGAGAAGUGUGCUCUUGAGGCGGUCACUGCCCUUUGCCAGGUCAAGUCAGAGGAUGCUGUCUUUAAAAGGGUAAGCAACAUCACCUGGAACUGGAAAUUUGGGAAGCUUGUGUCCACAAUGAUCCAGCAAUCCUGGCCUAAGGGCAAAGAUAGAAAUGACCAAGAUGACCAGGAAGUGGUCAUUCGACAUGUCUUGGACUGGAAGGCAGCCAAAAACGUUUUUCAACUACAUGGCAAAGAGCAGAAGCUCAUUGAUCAACUCACUGAUGAUGCCAAGGAGAAGAUCACCGUGGCCAUAUCCACAUUUUUAGCUGUCACUGAUCAGUUGAUCAGAGGUGACAUUCCGAUGAGGCUCCUGAACUACAUUUUGGAGAAGAGGGCCAAUUUCAUGGAGUUACUCAAGACAGAGUGUCUGUGUGGAGAUAAACGACUUAAAGAUGACAGUGCCAUGAGGAGAUUGCUGCAGCAAAGACAGAAAGAGGUUGAAGCUGUGUACCAUGAGAAGAAGCUAGUGGAUGGCCUACUUAAUAUGUGCCACAAGUUGCAGGAACACUUAAAAGUUGAUGUUGAGGAGCUGGACCAGAGCAAUCAGAUCGACAUUGAAAUUAUGAACUUGAACCAUUUCAUGGAGGUUCAUUCCUUCGGUCAGCUCUCGGCUCCUCUGGCAGGAGUCGUGACGUUUUUUGAGUUGAAUAAGGAUGUGAGGGAAAUGGCAGAGGUUCUUCACACAUUCAGAGAAAGUUACAUCUUUAAGCUCUGUUGGGACUGGCAGGCUCGUGAGUACACCAAUGAUGAGUCUGACCUAGAGGAAAGUGACCUGGAGCCAGACAUUGUGGUCACCCCUGAAAUGAUUCACGAUGAGAUCUUUCAGCCUUGCUACAGCAGGUAUCAGCAAAUUUAUGCCCAGUUGAAGAACGGCAGUCUCCGUCUGGAGCAGGUGGAUGUGUUGUUCAAGGAUUAUAAGGGCAAGUAUGAGGACCUGGCAGCCGAUCUGGACAUCAUGUGCUGCAUUGACCCAGCAGAUGACAAACACUGGAUUGAGAGGAAAGUACAGCAGAUUGAACAGUAUCAUGAGCUUCACCUGGCUGUUGAGUCUGCACAGGUCGUUCAAAUGGUCAAAGAGACCCUCUGUCUUCAUGGAAACUUUCUUGUUUUGGAUUUGCUGCUCGAAGUUACAGAUGAAGACUUUAAAAAGGAGUGCCUUGACCGCAUUGAUAAUGAGAUGAUGCAGGCCAAGACAGUUAUGGUGGACAUCACAGAGACACGCAGAUUAUGUCUCCAAGAACUUGGCCUCAGAAAGAAUUUUGUCAUGUGGGUGAAAGAAGCCCUUGAAGACAUCAAUGAGUUGAAAGUCUUUGUUGACUUGGCCUCCAUUUCUGCCGGUGAGAAUGACCUGGAUGUGGACCGUGUGGCUUGCUUUCAUGACGCUGUGCUCGGUUACGCCCCAAUGCUGUAUGAACUGAAGCCUCCGUCAGGGUUUACAGAUUUUAAAGAUGUGUUGAAGAAGCUCUGGAAGGCUCUGGACAAUGAUCCAAACCUCCCAAAGAAGCUACGCGACACAGCCAGGCACCUGGAGUGGCUGAAAACAGUGAAAGACAGCCAUGGCUCAGUGGAACUGUCCUCACUCUCCCUCGCCUCAGCUAUUAAUAAGAAGGGAAUUUACGUUAUCACUGCUGAGAGACUAAAGAAGCUAAGCCUAGACACGGUAGUAACACUUCAAAUUCCAGAGGAACACGAAGAUGGUCAAGAACUGAGACACUACUCUCUUGAGGACCUGCGAGAUCUUCAGAACAAACUCAUGCUCAUGUCUGGGAAAGGGGACCAGGGUCAGAGUGAGGUUGAUCUCUUUGCUGAGGUCUUUGCCAGUGUGCAGAGGUUGGCGGUAGCAUUCAUUGAUCUCUACGCUGCUGGCAAUCCAUUGUUUCGUCAGUGGCAGGCCAACAUUAACUGUAAAGCAGAGCAGGCAGGAGUCAUAAUAGACUUUGGCCUAGGAAGCGCAGUCAGCAUGAUCAUAGUGGAAGGAAGUCCAGUUGAGCAGCUGCCAGAACUGUGCAAGAGGAUGGAGACAUGCCUUAGCUUCUGGAAGGACUUCAUGGACAAACAGCGUUCUCAAUAUUACUAUCUCAACUACUUCACUGCUGAGCAGAUUGUCUACCUUUGCAGUAAACUGACACAGAAGAGCAUAACAAAACCUGAUCAACAGACCCUUAUGAUGCUCUCAUUCAUUAAAUCAGAUUGCAACUUGUCCAACCUCAGAGAGUCUUGGCACUCUUUGCAGUAUCACUUACUGACAGAGUCCCCUGAGAAGAACAAUGAUAUUGAAUUUCAAACUUUUAUUGAGGUUCCCACUUCUCAAGAAAUCGGUAAACCUUUGGAAGCUGAAUUAGAUUCCAACUUUGAUUCUGUUUUCAGAAAGAUGGAGACUGUUCAAGGCCCAGGCCAACUGGAUCUGAUCUGGAAUGCCUACAUGAGAGAUAUGAAUGCCUUUCUCCCAGAUUCUCUUGAUGUUGGACGUCUAGGAAAGCUGCUUGAAAUCUUAGCUAACCAAGUUGAUGAGGAUAGCGGUGAUGAGGAAAUUAUGAUUUGUGAGAAGAGAAAGGGAGCCAUUCAGCGAGAGUUGCCACAAGGACUGGUUGCUGGGCGUCCAAAUCUCAUUGUGUGUCCUGCUGCUGAGAUCCUUACCUCCUGUAUUUCUAUUUACAUGGCCAGUCGCUCAGAGGCCCUUCCGACGUAUGAUGAGGUACUGCUUUGCAAUCCCGAAACACCCUAUGAGCAAGUUGAAUUGUUUCUCCGCCGCUGCCUAAUGGCAAAAUCUGACUUUGACAUGAAAAAGAUCUACACCAUGCUAUAUGUAGACCAACUCCCCUAUGAGGCCAGCUACAAGGUUGAGCAGUUCUUCCACAAGCAGAAAAUGCAGAGUUCAGAUGACUACCGCCUGGUUCUCAUCUGUAGUGCUGAUCGGGAGCAUACCUACAUCCCCUCUGCCUUCAGUCAGUACCGACUGCACAUGGUGCCUCUGGAGCACCUGAGAGACAUACAGGAGUACCUGACCUCUCAUUACAGAGUUCCCUCAGAACAGUCCAGUGCAGCUGCUGUGUUCAAAAAAGGGCUGCGUGUUGGGUUGGUGACCUCCAAAAGAGCAGGUGUAGGAAAGUCACUGUAUAUACAGAGAAUGUAUGAGAAACUGAAAAGGAUUACCAAAAAGCCAUCUCUGCUUAAGUGUAUCCGCUUGAUCGAGCCCAGGGUGGAUGAAAACAUCAUUCUUCAUUCAUUACUCGAAAGCAUGGAGAGAAAAGACCUUACAAUCUUCCAUUUUGAUGUCACCACUUCAGUGCAAAAAGGGUUGCACGAGUUCCUCUUCAAACUUCUGGUCUUGCAGUACUUGAUGGAUUCUGAGGGAAGAAUGUGGAAGUGCAGAAACAAUCAUCUGUACAUCAUUGAGCUUUUGCAAUCUGAUGGAAACUUGAGGAAUGGUCCAACAACUAACACAAAUAACUCUGCUGCCUUCCUGGAUGUGUUCCCAAUUAUCUACUGCCGUCCUCCAAAAGAGGUCCUUGAACUGGAGAUGAGAAUUGAUGAUGGUUUUCAUCCAGCAGAUCAAGAAGACCCUCUAAUGGAUGAUCAGGAAUUCAGAAGUGAAGGCUUUCAGCGACCAUACCAAUACUUGAUGCGUUUCCAUAACCGUGCCAACCUGGAUGACUUUACAUACAAAGGAGUAGAGGGAACUCAUAUACAAUGUCUUCAGAUGAUGUUUGUAUAUUGUGGUAUUAUGGAUCCUUCUUGGGCAGAACUGAGAAACUUUGCCUGGUUUUUAAAUUUACAGCUACGGGACUGUGAAACAUCUGUGUUCUGUGAUGCCUCUUUCACAGGGGAUACAUUGCAAGGUUUCAAAAACUUUGUGGUGGACUUCAUGAUUCUCAUGGCAAAGGACUUUGCUACUCCAUCUCUCAGCAUCUCAGAUCAGAGUCCUGGAAGGUUCGAGAUGGAUCUUACCGAGUUGAACGAGGCAGAUCUGGCUCCAUUCAGGAUCAGAAAAAGAUGGGAGUCAGAACCACACCCUUACAUCUUCUUUAAUGAUGAUCACAUAUCCAUGACAUUUAUUGGCUUUCACCUUCAACCAAAUGGACAGAAUGGGGUUGAUGCCAUUGAUCCUUCAACACAAAGAGUGAUUAAGGGGAACAUCAUGACCAUAGAGCUGUAUGAGGGCCUAAAGUUGAACCGAGUCCCUUUUAACAUGGACUUUGAUAAGCUCCCAAGAGGAGAGAAAAUUGAACGUCUCUGCAAUGUUUUGGGAAUUCAGUGGCCUCUUGAUCCUGAUGACGCUUACGAACUGACCACAGACAACAUCCUGAAAAUGCUUGCGAUUCACAUGCGCUUCCGUUGUGGGAUCCCAGUCAUUAUCAUGGGAGAGACUGGAUGUGGAAAAACUAGGCUGAUCAAGUUUCUUUGUGAGCUUAGAAGGAGUGGAGUGAACACAGAAAACAUGACACUUGUCAAAGUACAUGGGGGCACAAGCUCAGACAUGAUCUAUCAGAAAGUGAGAGACGCUGAAGCCAUUGCUUGCACCAACAAAGAAAACUAUGGUUUUGACUCUGUCCUCUUCUUUGAUGAGGCCAACACAACUGAGGCCAUUAGCAGUAUAAAGGAAGUCUUGUGUGACAACACUGCACUGGGAAAAAAGCUCAAUCCAAACACCGGCUUACAAAUCAUCGCUGCCUGUAAUCCAUACCGGAAACACACAGAUGUGAUGAUUAAGAGAUUGGAAUCUGCUGGUUUGGGGUACAGGGUCAGGGCUGAUGAAACAGAAGAGAAGCUUGGUACCAUUCCUCUUCGUCAACUUGUUUAUCGAGUUCAAGCUCUGCCCCCCAGCAUGAUACCAUUGGUCUGGGAUUUUGGGCAGCUAAAUGACCAAACAGAGAAAAUGUACAUUCAGCAGAUAGUCCAGAGAGUGGUUGAGAAGCACUCCAUUAGUGUAGGAUACACAAGCAUAAUUACAGAUGUCAUGGCAUCAUCCCAGAAGUAUAUGAGGACCAGAAUGGAUGAGUGCAGCUUUGUGAGUCUUAGGGAUGUAGAGCGUUGCAUGCAGACAUUUGUGUGGUUUUAUAAAAAUCACCCAAUGCUCCUUGGUGAGCUGGAAAAAUACCAAAGAAACCGAAGACCUGGACCAAGUGAAAGAGCUCACAGGUUUGAUAAUGACAGAAACCCAGUACUGUGGUCCUUACUAAUGGCAAUUGGAGUGUGUUACCAUGCUUGUCUAGAGGACAAAGAGAAGUACAGGACAAAGGUCAGUAAGUACUUCAGAGAAGUCUAUACUCCAGGGAAAAUGAAUGAAGAAAUCUCCCUCAUGCAGGAUCUGAUGUUGAGCGGAGUGCCACUUGGGGAUACUAUUGCCCGUAACAAUGCCCUGAAGGAAAAUGUCUUCAUGAUGGUGAUUUGCAUUGAACUAAGAAUCCCCCUUUUUCUAGUGGGAAAACCAGGAAGCUCCAAGUCUCUUUCCAAAACUCUGGUAGCUGAUGCCAUGCAGGGUCAAGCAGCACACUCAGAUCUGUACCGUAAGCUUAAGCAGAUCCACUUGGUGUCCUUUCAGUGCAGCCCUCACUCCACUCCAGAUGGCAUCAUCAAUACUUUCAAACAGUGUGCCCGCUUUCAGGAGGGCAAGAACCUCAAAGAGUACAUUUCUGUGGUAGUUCUGGAUGAGAUUGGAUUGGCUGAAGAUUCUCCCAAAAUGCCUUUGAAGACCCUACACCCGCUAUUGGAAGAGGGAUGCAUUGAUGAUCAACCCUUGCCCCACAAAAAGGUUGGUUUCAUUGGCAUAUCUAACUGGGCUUUGGACCCUGCCAAGAUGAAUAGAGGGAUCUUUGUGUCCCGUGGAGACCCUGAUCAGAAAGAGUUGAUUGAAAGUGCAAAAGGAAUAUGUUCAUCUGAAGCAAGGGUCCUUGAGACGGUGAGGGACUUCUUUCAGCCUUUUGCAAGGGCUUACUUGAAUGUCUGCAAACGCCAGGGAAAAGGCUUUUUUGGACUGCGUGAUUACUACAGUUUGAUCAAGAUGGUAUUUGCCAUGGCAAAAACCUCUAGGCAAAAGCCUGGUGCAGAGCAGAUUGUGGAAGCAGUACUGAGGAACUUCAGUGGAAAAGAUGGUGUGAAUGCAGUUCAAGUCUUCACUGAAAGGCUGCAGAUCAAACCCAACCUGGAAAGUAUCAAUGCCAUUGAGCUUGUUAGACAGAAUAUCACAGCCAUUGGACAAGAUGAGGAAUGCCGUUAUCUGCUUGUCUUGACCAAAAACUAUGCAGCUUUGCAGAUCCUUCAGCAGACUUUCUUCACUCAGCAGACCCAACCAGAGAUCAUAUUCGGCUCCAGCUUUCCAAAGGACCAGGAAUACACCCAGAUUUGCCGAAACAUCAAUCGAGUAAAGAUCUGCAUGGAGACCGGCCAGACUGUUGUGCUACUGAACUUGCAAAACUUAUAUGAAAGUCUGUAUGAUGCCCUCAACCAGUAUUAUGUCUGCCUUGGAGGGCAAAAAUAUGUGGAUUUGGGGCUUGGCACUCAUCGAGUGAAGUGCAGGGUGCACAAAGACUUCAGGUUAAUUGUUAUUGAGGAGAAAGAGAUCGUCUACAAGCAAUUUCCCAUUCCCCUCAUCAACCGUUUGGAGAAGCAUUACCUAGACAUCAAUACUGUCCUUGGUAGUGAACAAAAGGAGAUUGUCAAAGAAUUGGAGAAGUGGGUGAAGGCAUUUGUUUCUCCCGAUAACAGUCAGUCACUGACCAUUCAGGUGCACAAAUACCAGCUCCCUGAUGCUUUCAUUGGCUAUCACUCUGAUACGUGUGCCUCCGUCAUUCUGCAAAUAACAGAGAAGUUAAAAGACAACAUGACAACACCAGACUACCAGAAGAGAGUGCUUGAAGAAGCCAAGCUAGUCUUGCUGAAUUGCACAACUCCAGAUGCUGUGGUUCGGCUUGACUGCACAAACUUGUCUCGUGUGGAGAGUCAGCACCUGGAGAGGCUCUAUUUUGAGGAACAGAAGCACAGUUGUUUGACUGACUUCAUCUUCGCUCAGAUCCAGCAGAAGGACAGAAUCUCUACCUCCUUUACUGAGGUGACCACAUUCUCCAGACUGUUGACAGCAUCAGAUCUGGGACAACUUCAAGAACCCGUGAGAUGUGUUGAACUCCUCUCUUUACAACAGUUCGACACAGAGUACUCCUUCUUGAAGAAGAUCAGAACUUUCUUGGAUACUGCUCUUGGGUCAAAAAUCCUUAUAAUUCAAACGGAUUUUGAUGAAGCCACUCACAGUUCAAACCUCAUCGCUUCAGCAAAAUACUCUGCAAUUAAUGAAAUUAAUAAAUCAAAACAAGAAGUUGAAGAGACAGUGUUCGUCUAUUUCAUUACCAAACUGCCCAGGGUUGAAGGAGGUACCUCAUAUGUUGGGUUUCAUGGAGGCCCAUGGAGAUCAGUUCACAUUGAUGACUUGCGGAAGUCUAAAGACAUGGUUUCUGACAUCAAGGCUUUAAGGAACCUCACCAUCAGCCAGCUGUUUGAGGAGAAGGAGAAAGAUCGAGCUGAAGCUAUGGAAGUGGAAGACAUGUACUCAGAGACAAACGCAGAGCCCAUGGAGCAGGAGGAAGCUCAACCUGGUGGCUGGGAGAAUAUUCUAGACACCACAGCGUUGGUGCGCAGCUGUGUGCAGAGCGCAGUGGGCAUGCUCAGAGACGAAGCGGGCGUGCGCAGCACCAGAAGAGUGGAGCUUCUGCUGAUGCUGAUGAGUGAGAGCGAGGAGCUUAAAGCCAUGUUCCUGAGGACUAUGAAGACGCGCUUGCACCUGCUUCUCCUAGCCCGUGAUGAAGGCUCCCACUCCGCCACGUCCUGGGUCUUCAAGGAGGCCGCUAACAUCGACGCACUGCAGGAGGGGGGCACCUUCAGACAUACUCUAUGGAAGCGCGUCCAGGCUGUGGUCAUUCCCUUUCUCGCUCAGCUCAUCUCGGUGAUCGAUCGGGACUCUAACCUGGACCUGCUGCUGGACCCUGAUGCCAGUGAGGCCCUGAAGGCUCUGUGGCUUGACAUCUUUAAGAAUGCCAAACUACUGGAAGUCCCUUACACCAGAGUGGACAGCUCUGAGGCGAAGACCAUCCUGGUGCCGAGCUCCAUCCGGGCAGCUGGUGGCCAGGGCUGCAGCAUGCCCUUCAGCUGGAGGAUCCGAGACUACCUGGAGGAGCUGUGGGUCCACGUGCAGAGAGAGGGCCAUACCCAGAAGCAGUUUGAGGAGUUCUAUUGGAAGACUCCUCUGGGUCGGCAGAUCGCCCAAUCAGAUGCUGAGAUGCAGGUAGAGUUUUUCCAGAGGUACCUUCAGGAUUUCAUCGCCAUGACAAUGAAUGUGACAUCAAAGGAAGAGCUGCAGCUUCUCUGUGCUGCUCUGAUGUGUUGUGUGAAUGAGCUGCGUGUGAGUGAGGAGGAAAGUGAGGUGUUGCCGCUGCCCUGGAUUCACUUGGCCUACCACCAGUACUGCACCCGUGUGCAGAACCUCUCCAGGAUGCUCAGCAUCGAGCCACACAUCACACAGGCCCUGCUCAGCAACGCACACGCCCAACAGGGACAGGAGCUGGUGCUGGAUGUGUAUGCUGCCUUGGCUUGUGUAGAGUUCCUGGAGCCGCAGUCCCUGGCCUCCGAGGCCCAGUGUGCCCAGUGGCUGAGACGCCUCAAGCAGCUGCAGGUGCCGGUGGAGCUGGUGUGCGCUGAGGAGAAUGUCCAGCACUACAGAGAGAGGAGCACUGCCAUGGUCACCAGAGUUCAACGUGGGUGGAGUCGCAUCUUCACUCUCUCUUUGUUUGUGGAAAACAUGCUACUGGGGAUCCAGAGUGUGGACCAGAACCUCGCUCCUCUACUGGUGGAAGGCACCAAAAAGCUCGGACAGGUUCUGGAGAAGAACCCUGACCUGAAGCAGCAGCAGCCGUUUGAGGCGGUGCUGGUGAUCCUGAAGGAUUGUAAAGAUGGUGCCGUGGAGCAAAUCUUCAGGUUUGGGGUGCAGCUGUGCCCGGUGUGUAUGGCCGACCCCAAGGACCCCCUGGCCCUCCCCUGUGAGCACAUCUACUGCCUGGCCUGCGUUCGCCAGUGGCUCGGCCCUGGACAUAUGUACUGCCCCCUGUGCAUGCAGCCGGUCCCUGAUGACUUCAGACUGCAGCCUUCUGAGGAGAUCCAGGCCCUGAUCACACGCAACGCCCACUUCAGGCAGCGCUGCAACGGCUUCUUCAUCGCUCUGGUGUCCAGCGUGUGCUUCGGCCAUGACACCCCGCCGUCCCAAGAGGUCAUCCUGCACCUGCUCUCCUUUCUCAUGGUGGAGGCCGGGACCCUGCCCACUGUCGGACGUAAGGGUAAGACGCACAUGUUCACAAAGGCUCUGUCUCCAUUUGACGAGUCUGUGGACCAAAACCCCGUGGUGCGCUCUGUAGUGCUGAAGCUCCUCCUAAAGUACAGUUUUGAUGAUGUGAAGGUGUACCUGCAACAACACCUGUCUGCUGUGGAGGGUAGUAGAAUCUUGGAGGAGACUGACAAAUCGGAGCUCUACUCGCUCUACAUCAACUGCCUGGAGGACUCCAUGUUUGACAGAAUGCAGUGGCGCUCGGUAAAGGAACGACAGGUGGGUCUGCAGGAGGAGAGCGUCUUCCUGCGAGACUUCCUGCAGUCGAGGGUUACAUCUGCGCAGACUGUCUGCAUUGAGCUGCUGCAGCAGCUGUCCCGUCUUCGCCUCUGUCUGGACAUUGCAGCACAGCUCAUUGGUGACAGUUACAUCGCUGCAGGAGGUCCAGAGCAGCCUCCAUCAUGGACAGGUCCGUUCAUAGCUGCCGUGAGGGGUGUGUGUGUGCGCAGCAAGAAUGACUGGUACCGUGUCUACCUCAUCCGUAAGAUCCGCAGUCGCCACGGAGCCGAGUUUGUUCAGACGCUCCUGAACGCAAACGAACUCCCCUGGAUGUUCCCUGAAGAGGUCCUACAGCAGACUCCGGAAGGAGGGCAGAUGGAUCUGUUCCUGGUGUGUGAAGGUGACUAUAAGAGCAUCAGGGACGCCGUCGCUAAAGCCAUGAUGGAGGGAAAGAUGGAGAGGAUACAAGAGGCCUGUGAUGGCUGCAGAAACCCUCCACUGAAGAGGAGUGUGUUCCUGCUCCUGGCACUCUUCAGAGAGGUCACCUGUCUCUACAGAGCAAACAACGCAAACCAGCACCCGUCCCAGCAGCAAUUACAGGCUCUGGAGGACUUCGUAGGUAAGUGUGGCCUCCUGGCCAGUCCAGAGCAGAAGGCGUUUGCCGUCGGACUGCUGAGGAACCAGCUUGGAGCGCUGAGCGUCCGUGUGGGAUCCCCUGGAGCCGAGCACAUGGUCUCUGAGCUUUGUGUGCACCUGGCUGCAGUUCUCCUCUGCGGCCACCAUGAGGUGCUGUCUCCCCUCCAGCAGCUCGCUCACACCCCCAUCAACAUGCAGGGAGCCUUCAUCCCCACCAUGCCUGAUGACAUGCUUCAUGUGGCCCAGCAGGCCCUGGGGCAGCUGCAGUGGUACUCCUGCGUCAAUGGACACCCCUGCACCGUGGGUGAGUGCGGUCAGCCCAUGCAAGUGAGCCGGUGUCCAGAUUGUAACGCGGAGAUCGGAGGACAGAAUCACAUGCCUGUCAGAGGCUUCGCCGUCACUGGGAUCCAGGGCGAUCGCACAAGGCCAGGGCACAUCCUGGGUGACCCGCGUCGUCGGGAUCAACCGGACAUGCAGGAUACUAAGAACAUGAGUCCCGCCCCCUUCACCCUGGUGCGUCUCCUCACACACGCCACCAUGAUGCUGGGAGCCACCAACAACACACAGGCUCUGGCGGCGCUCAUCUCUCCAGCCGUGCCAGACUGCGGUGCGUUUGUGAGUGCUCACCUGCAGAUAGACCUGCUGCAGCUGACACAAGCGCUGGGGAAGGGAGCGGACGACACCACCACGUCCGCACACCUCAUCAUCAACGCCCUGCUAGAGCCCCCACCAGCAGCCUGGCCUGCAAACUAUGACCCUCGUCUCUCCACUAAAGAAGCGCGGAACCAAUGGGAGACUGCUGUGGCCAACACCAUCAUCAGUCCCCAGCUAAAGCAUCUGGACAGGCGUCUGCAGGAGGUGGGUGUGCUGCUGCGUGAGGACGAGCGCGUGAGCUGCAACCCGGUCAUGCGGCUGACCUUCGGGGACCCGCGGCUCUUCCUGCGCUCGCUUCCGCAGGACUCGGGCGUGCACGGUCCGGCCGUGUGGAGCUGCCGGGAGCGGCUCUCGCUGGCCACGCUGGCCCACAUUGUGGAGCAGCAGGACGGUCGCGACACACUGCCUCUGCUCUGGAGGUUCCUACAGAAGGAACCGGAGUUGCGAUUGGUGAGGUUCCUGCCAGACAUCCUUGUGCUGCAGCGGGAUUUGGUGAAGAAGUUCCAGAACUCUCCAGACCUGACAGUGGGGACAAUCUCCAAGUUCCUUCAGGACCGGAGACGACGAGCUGCGUGGUACGAGAAACGCAUAUCCAUCUUCCUGAAGACAUGGAACCAACUUCGAUUAUCUUUGGCCACCAAUGGUGAGAUCCAGCUGCCACCAGAGUUCUGUGAGAAAGAUCUGGACAUGAACAGUGACCUGCAGGUGCUGUUGCCACGGCGACAAGGACUAGGCCUUUGUUCCACCGCCCUUGUCAGCUACCUGAUUGCACUGCACAAUGACAUGGUGUAUACCACAGACAAAUACACUGGGGAGGAGACCAGUUACACGGUGAGUCCAGCCGACCUGUGUGAGCUGCACGUGAUCCGGUUCGAUGUGGAGCGGGACGUGCUGCCCCUGGUCCUGUCUCACUGCCAGUACAGCGUGGAGCGCGGCGGCGGCACACUGCCCGACUACGACCUGCCCAAGAUCCAGCAGCAGCUGCUCACCCGCUUCCUGCAGGGCAAGCCCCGCAUCACACUCAAUGGAAUACCAACACUGGUGAACAGACAUGACCGAAAUUAUGAAAACAUUUUCAGGGACGUAAAAGGAAAGGUUGCACAGGAUCCGCUGCCCUCCCUGACGCUGACGUGGGUGGCCGGUGAGCUGUGUGGCUUCAGUGAGGUGUGUGACGCCCUUGGCGCGGUGGAGCUGGCGCUCGGUUUCCUGGCCACCACCGCAGCUGACCCCCACAUGCAGCUCGGACAAUACCUGCAGGAGGUGCUGCAGAUGGGAGACCACAUGCCACCACAUAUACUCAAGGCCCUGAGUAGGUGCAGCCUGAAUCACGCUGUGGCAUUGUGGCAACUCCUCUCUUCUCUGAAGUCUGAGAGCAUGCUUCGCCUAAAGAGGGACCCAUUUGUUGGAGUGUCCGACGAUUACAAGCAGCCACUGAAUGAAGAGGGACGCAAGCAGCUGAUUAGUUAUCUGUCCAAGGGCGGGGCCAGUGGCUUCCUGUUGGAGAUACACGAGUUCCUGCAGCUGCAGUUGAAGGGUCUGCGGGACCCCGAGCUGUUCCGGCCCAACUGGGGGCUGAAGGACACACUGGUUUCUUACAUCGAGAGGAAAGAUAUGGACGCUCCACCGGAGGUUGAGCAGUUCUUCCCCGAAGGGAUCCUCCUCGCCCAGUGUGUGGACACCUGGAAAAUCUGUGUGGAGUUUCAACAGGAGCGCAAUCACAGAUAGAAGCUUCCAGAAGCACUCCACCAAGGCUGCCUUUGUUCAGCAUGAUGUGAAGGUGUGUGUGUGUGUGUGUGUGUGUGUCAGAGCGUAUGUGUGUAUGUGUUGCCCAUGUGUGUUGAAGGUUGUGUUUACGGUCAAUACAAUCAGUUCAUCAACGACGCUCCAGUUCAUUUGUGAAUUACAGCAGUGCCUUUUCUCAGAAAGUGCCACUGACUGGAUACUGAUCCAAGUGCAAUAUGCUGUAUCAGAGCAUUAGAAGUUCCUACUCCAUUGUAAACAGUGGUGGUAUGGCCCUUGAAUUUGCACAAGUGCAAUGCACCUUCGGACCUCCUCCUUUCUCUAUUGCAUCAGUAAAUCAGGUCUGUCUAGCUUCCCCAUGAUUAAAGCAAUCAAAUCAAUUAUAUAAUGAUAAGAAUAAUAUUUGUAUCGGACUCAGGGACAAGUCUUUUUCUUUUUUGAUGUGUUUACAAACUGAGGAGCCUAAAAACAUCUGCCAUGGGUGUAUGACACUCAAUCAAUCAAAUGCCUACACAAAGAAACUAUGCUUUCUCAACUAAUCAUACAUAAACCUCAUCCAUCUAUCACUCCUUGACCUGUUCAUCAUCUCACAAUGGAAUGAAGGUAUUCUAGGUACCUUAAAUGUAGAGAAUUCACAGAUAUCUGGACAGCUAUUUGUCUUCAUCUUCAUCAACAUAUCAGAAACUCAUACCACACUUCUCAGUAUAUUAGUUAUCUUUGCCUUUUCUGUAUUGUAUCUCAUGAAGCCUGAUGUUAUAAUAACCAUAGUUAGUUGUAAAAGUUGCCUAUGGUUUGUCUUGCACUGUUCAGAUGGUUAUCACCAUGGCGUUCCACUUCAGUGUUCUUUUCUUUAUUAUGUGACCAAAUUGUAACAGAUCAUUCCUUUGCAUGCUAAAUAUAAUCGACUUGUGUUCAAUAAACCUCAUGUUCCAUGGA